AUGCCACUAACGGUACUGUCUGCUCCAGACGUCCGCAAGCUUCUUCUACAGUUGACCAAGCAAGAUAUCCUCGACUUGCAGCAAAGUCUCGCCGAUGCGCUGCACCACUACUCGACCAGCACCGUCGAAGACGACAACAAUGGGUGUUGUGAAAGUUACCAGUCCUCGGGGGCUACUCUCAAGAGUAAGGAUGGGGGUAUAAUGACUGUCGUGCCGGCUAGCAGUAAUGAUGGUCUUGGAGUCAAGAUUACCACGCUUUUGAAUGAUAGUAGGAGUAAGGUGUCAAGUCGUGAGGAAACAGAGUCGAUUGCUUCGUCCGUGGGCUCAAUGGCACUGUCUCAGGAUUCCAUCCCGUCUACGAAGGGUGCGGCGUUGCCUCGUUCGCUCUCCCACCACGACAGUCUCGCCCUAUUCGACACGACGGGCUCUCCACGCGCCCUCAUCAACACGGCCGAAAUGACUGCGUUCCGCACAGCCCUCGCCAGCACCAUGCUAUUCAAGAAGCGGCACAACGUGCACGACGUGGUCGUCUUCGGCGCAGGCCGACAAGCCUACUGGCACAUUCGCCUGGCACUGCUGCUGCGCGGCCCGGAUAUGCACCACCUCAGCAUCAUCAACCGCGACUUUGCGCGCGUCCACCAACUCCUCGAAAUGCUGUACAAUCCCCACGAUACCGCUCCAAAGGAAUUCAAUCCGGACCCCCAGCACGUGCCGCUGUACCGCUCCCGCCACCAAACACAGACCCAAGCAGCAGACAAGGACGAGGCGGAACAAGAAGAUGCCCAACCGCUGCUAUACAAGCCCAAAAUCCAGAUUCUCACGCCCGCACACGCAGAGUACGCACGCCAUUUACACGCCACAAUCCGCUCCAGCAGCUGUAUUUUCCUGUGCACGCCCUCGACAAGCCCGCUGUUCCCCGCGCCCCUGCUGACGAAUCCCGAGGGCCGCAAAAAGGGGCGCUACAUUGCUGCCGUUGGCUCCGUCGCCGCAGGAAUGAUCGAGCUGCAUCCGGAGAUUGUGCGUCAGAACGUUGCGCCCGAGCAGGGCCACCGCCAUUUCCACAGGCAUGCGCAGCAGGGCGGCGCCGUGGUCGUGGAUAGCGUGGACAAGUGUCUGCGGGAAGCUGGGGAGGUGGUGCAGGCGGGGCUGGGGCCUGAGCAGGUGGUUGAGAUUGGCGAGCUGGUUAUGCUGAAGAGGGAUGCGGAGAGGAGGCGGAGAGAGUGUCUGGCGAGUACGGGUAUCGAGGAUCAAGGCCUCGAUUUGCGUGGUGUGGAGCUGGGCGAGUGUGAGGCGAGCAAGAAUAAGAAGAUGAAGAGGCAGAGUGGAAGUGGAAAGGAUAAAGAUAAUGAGAGCGCGGACAAAGCUCAUAAAAGCCUCAUUGAAUGGCUGGUCAAGGGUAAUGUUAUUUACAAGAGCGUGGGAUUAGGCCUCAUGGAUGUCGUCGUGGGAGGCGACUUGGUCAAUCUGGCCGAUGCCCGAGGCAUUGGCACGAGGAUCGACGGCUUCUAG